AUGAUUACCAUCCUUCUUUUUCUUGUUGGUUCCUCUACGGCUGCAGUCCUCGAGCAUCAGCUGGUAUGGAAGGAGUCUCGAAUGGUUCAAAUGAUCCGGAAUGGAGAGUAUCCGGCAUAUCUGGAGUAUAGAGAUAGAAUGGUGGCUGCAAGAACAUCAAAUCUGGCUACUGUAGUUCAGAGUGCUACGGAUUAUGUGUAUUAUGAGUACAUGGGAAAUGUCACUGUGGGUACGCCGGAUCAGAAUUUCAUUGUAGUGUUGGAUACUGGGUCGGCGAAUUUGUUGAUUCCUGGAACGAACUGCACAACCUAUUGUGAAAAUAAGAGAUUGUUCAACGAAAAGGAGUCCAUCACCUAUGUUGCCACCAACAAACCAUGGCAGAUUAAAUAUGCCAGUGGAGAUGCCUACGGUACUCUGGGUAUAGAUACUGUAAAGAUUGGUGGAAGUUUAGAAACUCAACUCGUCAUUCCAAAUUCCUAUCUCGGUGUUGCUGACACAGUUGGCUCGGAUUUCAAAUGGAGCCCAAAAGAGGGUGUCUUCGGAUUAGCAUUCACCGAUCUCGCAGUUGAUAACAUCACUCCUCCACUUAUCAACGCUAUCAAUCAGGGACUCCUUGAUCAACCAAUUUUCACAACAUGGUUCGGCCAGCGUGGUGCUCUUGGCACAUCGGCUAGCGGUUCAUUCACCUAUGGAGGUCUGGAUAGAACUCAUUGUGGACCAGUUAUUGGUUAUGCACCAUUGACCAAUGCCAGACACUUCCAGUUCCAGGCUACUGGAUUUUCCUUGGGCUCUUAUCAAUCUACUACCACCUAUGAAGUGAUCACAGAUACCGCGACAUCCUUCUUGUGUGGUCCACAAGCUGCUAUUGAUAGCUUGGCAAAAGCUGCAGGAGCUACGUGGGACCAAACAAAUCAAGUUUACAACAUUCCUUGUGGAACCGACGCUGGACCUAUCAAAAUGAAGAUUGGAGCUUUCAAUUAUGUGAUUCGAGCCAACAACUACAUAUUGCAAAUCGAUACCAAUUCCUGCCUCUUCGCUGCCAUCCCCCAAUCUUACGCUGGAUUCGGACCAGCCUGGAUCCUAGGAGGACCAUUUAUGAGACAAUACUGUAAUGUACACGAUAUCGGACAGAAGCGCGUUGGUUUCUGUCUUUCGCUUCAAUAA